AUGGUGAUGGAAUUCCUCCUGCUGGGAUUCUCGGAGGUCCGGGAGCUGCAGCUGGUCCAGGCCGCACUCUUCCUCCUGGCCUACCUAGCGGCCCUCACGGGGAAUCUCCUCAUCGUCGGCAUCACUGCCCUCGACCGGCACCUCCACACCCCCAUGUACCUCUUCCUCAGAAACCUGCCAGUCCUCGACCUCUGCCUCAUCUCUGUCACCGUCCCCAAAUCCAUCCACGACUCCCUGCUCAAUGGCAGAGCAGUACCUCUAUGGGGCUGUGUGGCUCAGGUCUUUUUUGUGAUUUUGUUUGCUUUCUCGGAGUUGUCCCUCCUCACCGCCAUGUCCUACGACCGCUACGCCGCCAUCUGUCUUCCCCUGCGCUACGAGGUCAUCAUGGACCGAGGGACCUGUGGAAAGAUGGCGGCCGCCUCCUGGCUCAGCGGGGACCUAUUCAGGGCUAUGUUCACAGCCGGGAUAUUAACACUGAGCUUCUGUGGCUCUAACGUGAUCCAGAAGUUCUUCUGCGACGUUCCUUCAUUACUGAAGAUCUCCUGUUCCGAAACGCACGUCGUCAUCCAGGUCAGUGUGGCCACUACAUUUAUCUUGGCUUUCAUCUCCUUCAUUCUCAUCAUCGUCUUGUACGUGCACAUCUUCCGGGCCUUGCUGAGGAUGCUAGCCGCCAACGGCCGGGCCAAAGCCUUCUCCACCUGCCUGCCCCACCUCGUCGUCGUCACCAUCUUCAUCUCGACCGGAGCCAUUGCCUACCUCAAUCUCGUGUCUGACUUCCCUUCGACCCUGGACCUGCUGGUGUCCGUGUUCUACACCGUGGUGCCCCACGCCCUGAACCCCCUCAUCUACAGCCUGAGGAAAGGGGACAUGAAGGCCGCCCUGCUGGAGAGAGUCCUAAGGGGGCAUACGUUCCUCCAGAAUAUAGAUUCCCUGUUUUUGACCUGA